AUGCGGCAAGCUAGCACCAAGACAGCUGGAGAAACCUCCUCACAUUACCAACUCGUUCCCCUUUUGAACUAUGGUUGUUCCAGCAACCCCAUUUCUCAGGAAGCCCUCAUGAUUCUCGGCAUGCUGCUCGGCGCGGGGUCGCUGCCGCGGAGGUGCGAAUCGUUUGAUAAGAUGAGAAAUUUGCAUCUAGCGACAGCACUUGAAAACUACAAAAGCCCCGAGAGGCUGGAUAAUUUAGACUUAUUUAUACUUGACGCAAGACGCAAUUUCGUGGCGGCGCUAGAAACUUUUGCGCUGCGACUGUACAGCCAGCAGGCGAAGAACGAGGCGAACAAUGGACUGAGGCUCUCAUCGCUCGCCCUGUCCUUUGGACUGUUCUGGGUCGGCACACUUUUCGUCUACGGCCUGUACUUUACAUUCAUCUACCCCUUUUACGUCUCGCCUACGCGACACCUUCCCACGGCGGGCGGGCGGCAUUGGCUCAUGGGCCACAUCCCUGAACUGUUCGGUGCAGCCCCCGGCGAGUGUUCCAGAACAUGGAACAAAACGGUUCCGCAUGACGGACUCCUCCGCUUCUUCAUGUUCUUCAACCAGGAGCGCCUCCUCGCCAUCUCGCCCAAGGCCGUCGCCGACAUUACCGUCGCCAACGCCUACGCCUGGGAAAAGCCUGGCUCCAUCCGCUCUGCGCUCAGCACCAUCACCGGCGUCGGCCUCGUCACGUCCGAGGGCGACGAGCAUCGUCGGCAGCGUCGCCACAUGCUGCCCGCCUUUAACUUCCGCCACAUCAAGGACCUGUACCCCGUCUUCUGGGACAAGUCGCGCGAGGUCGUCCAGUCCAUGACCAAGUCGGUCAACGGCGGCAGCGACAAGCUGUACGUCUCGCACUGGGCGUCGCUCGCCACGCUCGACAUUAUCGGCAUGGCGGCCAUGGGGCGCGACUUUUCAGCCAUUCGCGACCCGGAAAACGCGCUCGUCGCGCAGUACACUAGCGUCUUCGAGGGACAGUCCAUUCUGCGCGUGUUUCUCGUGCUCGGGCUGGUGCUGCCGCAGUGGCUGAUUGAAGAGAUUCCACUCAAAAAGAUUCGCGAGUUCCGGGAUGCGUCGCGGACGAUUCGCAGAGUGUGCCAGGAGCUGAUUGAGGAGAAGCGCGCCAAGCUGCAGGCGCAAAAGGCGGACAAGACGAAGCAGCCCGACGUGGACAUUCUGUCGAUUGCGCUCGAGAGCGGGCAGUUUACCGACGAGGGCCUGCAGAACCAGCUCAUGACCUUUUUCGCGGCCGGCCACGAGACGACGUCGGUGUCGCUGACCUGGGCCAUCUACGCGCUGUGCCUGAACCCUGCGAUGCAGACGCGGCUGCGCGACGAGGUGCGCGCGCACCUGCCGUCCGUCGACGACGCCUCGGCGGCGCUGACGAGCGUCGACUUUGACCGCCUGCCGUACCUCAACGCCGUCGUCAACGAGACGCUGCGGCGGUACCCGGCGGUGCCCGUGACGGGCCGCGUCGCCAUCCAGGACACGACGGUGCUGGGCGUGCCGGUCGCGCGCGGCACCCCCGUCACCAUCCCGCAGUGGGCCAUCAACGUCGACAAGAAGCUCUGGGGCGAGGACGCUGAGGAGUUUAACCCGGAGCGCUGGCUCGACAGCCGCGACGGCGCCACCACGCUCAACAACACUGGCGGCGCGAGUAGCAACUAUGCGCUGGCAACGUUUCUGCACGGCCCGCGCUCGUGCAUCGGCACGGCGUUUGCCAAGGGCGAGUUUGCGUGCCUGCUGGCGGCGUGGAUCGGGCGCUUCGAGUUUGAGCUGGUGGACAAGACGCUGAUGGACCCAGACAAGCUCAAGGUGAAGAGUGGUGUGACGAUUAAGCCGAUGGAUGGGCUGCACGUAGUUGCGAGGGUAGUGCCAGGGUAUUAG